GCGUCGCACGUGAGAUUCAGUCAGCAGGAAACGCGUGAUCAUUGUAGACGUGUGGACAGCAUUGGUAAUAACAAUUAUGAAUAUCACGCACCUUUGCCGAAGCGCUCCCGGUUCAUCAAGAUGGGUAGUCAUCACGUGCUGCGCGUUCCACCAACGCGACGUGAUACCUCGACCUAGUCGAUGACGAGCGUAAACAAAUGCUCAACGCCAUAUAGGUAGACAACGGCGCCCCGCACGCAAUGGCCACUGCCCCAGAUUACAAGAAUGUCUCUCACUCGCAUCGACUGCCCGUCGCCCAUCGCGAAGUCCAGCGCACCUUCACGAAACUCUCCCGCCAAUCGCUCAUUUCGCUCGCGCAGCAGUGGCUGAGCAAGAAGAAUCGCGACUUUUGCAAACCUUUUCUACUCGGCGACCGAGGCGAGAAUGACGAUGAGGACGAAGAAGAGCUCUAUGAGCCAGCGCAAAGCGUCGAGGAGCUGCAAGAAACGUACAAGCAACUAGCAGCGCGCAAGGGAGGACGGAGGGAGGUGCUCGAUCGCAUACUCGACGGCGACUGGCGAACAGGCGUGUCCAUGUACCAGCUGGCGACCGCCGAGAUUCAGUACCUGCUCGAUCACCCAAACGCCUUGCGCUGGACUGCGAAACGGCUCACCAAGAUACCCAAUGCGCGAUCAGCAAUCACAGAUAUGGAAGUCACCAACGACUCUGAUCACCUCCCACGAUUCCAAGCGCAAACCUUCAUGUCGAAUCUCGCGAGGGAGCUGACGCCCCUGAUGAAGGCGCAUUACCUGAUCACGAGAAUCAAGACUUCGCCAAUGACGAUACUGCGUGUGUACAUACACGACUCGCCCUACAGCAACGAAGCGUCGCUAGCAGCGGAUUCUCACAGUACCGACAGUGCGAAAGCGGUCUUCUUCAUAUGGCCGAAUGGCUCGCCUUUUGUGUACUCGUCGCUGGCGACGCUGACAGGACAGGUCGUUGGAGACGACGGGAGACAUUUGAGGGACAUAGUGCAGCAAGCGAUACCAAAGGCCUUUUCGCGGCCGUCCGCGCGCUAUCAACUCACAGGCACAAACUUCACCACCAAAUCACUCGAUGCGCUUCUCACAUAUCGUGGGCCUGGGAAAAGUAACGCGGCAGCUGGAGGAUGGAGCAUCUUCCAGGACCACAACUUCAGCCAGAACGCACUCGACUUCAUUACUGCACAACGGAGCGAUGGUCAAGACAAGAACACAUCAAACAACGGGACAAAACCUGGGCCAGGGCGGCCGAAGCGGACGCUGGACACAAUAGAGACACCCGAAGCAAAGAGAAGAAAGGCAGUAGCACAAGGUCGUUUCGGUUCCUCUGCGCAGCCCGAUGACGGCCAAGGUCUUGAGAGAGUCGAGGUCCGCAUAGACGACCCCUUCCCUUCCUCCGCUGAGGUCGAUGAUGAUAGGUCAAACAUCGAUCAACCUGCAAAUCCGAUUCGUAGGGGUCGUCCCUCGCUGCUCGAUAGAACAGCGGAAGAUCUCGAAGAGAUUCAAAACGAGGAAGGAUGGGUACCGAACGUGCGCAUAACUUUCCAAGGUACACACGUCUUCGCUGGCAUCAGACAGCUGGUGGAAGAAGGCAUUGUGGAUGGCGAGAAGAUGCCAGGAUGGAUGACAGGCGAGGCAGGCGUGACAGUAGGCGCAGUACGAGAUGGACGGAUGCGCACAAAAGAGGGUGUUCCUGGUGUUUGAAGAAGCACAAGCCUUGAUAUACGGAAUCAGCGGGCGUCUUGAUUGAUAUUGGUAUACCCUGGCAACGCGGCGCAUGGCGUUUUGUUAUCGAAGCGUGCUGCAAUGAUUCUGCGAAGCGUCUUUUAUGAUAGCAGGUAUGAGUAACGUUCUAUCCUCUUUUCUUCGC